CUCAUUUUUUAUUUAUUUACAUAGUGAUGAAGAUUCUCAUAGUUACGGCGUGGUAGAACAUUCUGCGUGUUUGAAUAUCGCCCUUUCCGCGAAAUAUUACUGUUAAAGAUUAUUGUUGAUUGAGGUAAAAAAUAUACAUUAUACAACACUAAUUAUAAGUUAAAAUGGAAGAAAUUAAUGGCGAGCUUUAUGGGGAUGGUCUUGUUAGUCUCGGUGAUGAAGGGUCUUUGGAGUCUACUGAAAAUGGAAACCAAGAACAAAAUUGUAAAAUUUGCGACAAUAAGUUAUGCAGUCCUCGGGUAUUGUCUUGCCUUCAUGUAUUCUGUGAAGUGUGCAUUGACAAAUUGAUGGUAAAUGAAGCUGGAGAUUCACUUAAAUAUGAUUUGGCGGUUGAAUGCCCUCUAUGUAAACAAGAAACUAAGAUUCCUGGAGGUGGAGCUGCAUCAUUACCAUCGGAUUAUGUGCUCACCAAUAUUUUGGAUGUUUCUUCUAUGGAUCAGUCAGUUGUUUGCACUUGUUGUAAGAGUAAAGAGCCAGCUGUUGCUAGAUGCACUGAUUGUUCUCAUUUCUUAUGCUCGAACUGCAACUCCGCACAUGAGUUUAUGAGAUGUUUUGAAAAUCAUCGCGUCGUUCCAUUUGACGCUCUACGAUCAUCUAAAGAAAAAACAGCUGUGCAUAAACCAAUCUUCUGCAUGCGUCACGCUGGUGAAAGUCUCAAGUUUUACUGCUGCGAAUGUGAGGUAGGGGCUUGCACGGAGUGUUUAACUGUUGACCAUAAAGUUGGUGAGCAUCGUUGUGAGCGCAUUGUUGAUGCGGAACCAAAUCUCCGUGCUGAGCUCAGAAAUUUUAUUGUUGAGGCAAAUGCUCGCGCAGUAGCCGCUGGAAGUGCUUCAGCUAGACUUGAUGACGCUUUAGGAGAUUUACAACGACAAAGAGAUGAUGCAGCAAGUGUUAUUAAUGAAGCUUUCCUCGCAUACAAAGCGGCACUCGAAAGACGCCGUGAAAAAGCUUUGGAAGAACUAGAAAGACUGCACAAGGAAAGAGAACUCAAAGUGAUGGAUCUGUUUGAUAGAGUUGAUAAAACUGUUCAACGUAUAGAUUGUGCUUGCAAAUUUGCUGCGAGACUUCUGCGAAGAGGAGAUGGUACCGAAAUUGUUAUGUUAAAGAAAAUUGUUGCAUCCCAGUUUGCACGUCUUUUGGAAGGUGCUCCUGAAUUUGACGUUGAUUAUUCUGUGGAGUUUGUUACGAAGAUGGAGAAAUUUGAUUCUAUAGCGGAGGAAACAUUUGGAGUUUUCCGUACUGAGGCUACCAAAGCUGAGGAAAGAAAACGAGCUAGUGAGUCCUCAGCAAUAGUUUCAAUUGCAUCAAAUGCUCAUUCACCGGCUGUGUCAGUGACAAAUGCACCAGUUUUUGAUGAUUUUCCUUUGGGAAAUGUUCGUCGAGUUACGGGUGCGAAUAGCAUGGUUGGGAUUCCUGGCGUUGGUGGAGUACCUUCAAUAGGCGUAGCAGGCGUUAGUGCCGUACCGGGCGUCGGAGCCGUUGGUAACACCAGCGUCAUACCUGGAGUUGUUAACGUCAAUAGUGUUUCCGGUGUAAGCGCUGUUACAGGUGUGGGUUGUGUUCCAGCUUUGCCAUCUAUGGUCGAAUAUAAUUUGCAGCAACUUGCCAGUAUUGCUGAAAAGGAAGUUCCGCCGCCACCUCAUGCAUCGCCGGCUCCAUCUUUUACCCUCGCUGAGUUGCUUGCUGGAGACCUUAACUCUCCUCAAGCUUACAAUAACUUGCAAGCACUUGCCAAACUUGGAUUGAAUACUGAAGUCAAUGGUUUUGGUGGUGUUAGUGGUGUUGGUGGAAUUGGUGGGGUAGGCCCACGUGGUGUGUCACCAGGCAGACCUUUGCUGACAGCUGCCGAAGAGGCAGCGUUGGUUGCGCCACCAGCUCCGCUCGUUCGAGCUACCAAGGCAACUCCCAUGCAUAUUAGAUUUAAAUUCGGUCAGCUUGGAGGUGGUAAAGGCCAAUUUAACUCGCCUCAUGGCUUCUGCUUAGGCAAUGACGAAGAUAUAAUUGUAGCAGAUACUAACAAUCAUCGUAUAACGGUAUUUGAUAAAUCUGGCAAUCAUAAAUUCAAUUUUGGAGUAGCUGGUAAAGAAGAAGGUCAACUUUGGUAUCCUCGUAAAGUUGCUGUAGUCCGAGCGACUGGAAAGUUUGUGGUCUGUGACCGUGGCAACGAAAGAUCACGCAUGCAAAUAUUUACCAAAAAUGGACAUUUCUUAAAGAAGAUUGCUGUGCGAUUCAUCGACAUCGUCGCUGGUUUGGCUGUCACAGCUGAAGGACUCAUUGUGGCUGUCGAUAGUGUAACUCCAACAGUCUUCAUCUUAUCUGAAGAGGGUGAUCUCAUGAGUUGGUUCGAUUGUAGCGAAUGCAUGAGAGAGCCAUCGGAUAUCGCAAUUAGUGGCAAAGAGUUCUACGUGUGCGACUUCAAAGGUCACUGCGUGGUUGUUUUCGACGACGAGGGCAGGUUCCUCCGUCGCAUCGGCUGCGAGAACGUGACCAACUUUCCCAACGGCAUCGACGUGUCGGACGCCGGGGACGUGCUCAUCGGCGACUCGCACGGGAAUAAGUUCCACGUCGCCGUGUUCUCGCGGGAGGGCGUGCUCGUCACUGAAUUCGAAUGCCCCUACGUUAAGGUUUCUCGCUGCUGUGGACUGAAGAUAACAUCUGAAGGUUAUAUCGUCACUCUGGCUAAGAAUAAUCACCAUGUUCUAGUCCUCAACACCCUUUACAUUGUCUGAGGAAUAACUCAAUGGCUGUAAGUCUGCUUACUACAAGAUCUCACAUUUAUUCCUUAUAUUAUUAUAUUUAAUUGCUGAUUUUACAAAGUUUAAAUUUUUGCUAACACAGUAUUUGACUUUGUUGUUUUGUGUUUUCCAUUAUAGUUUCAUUUUAUCCA